AUGAAGCACCCAUGCCAUCGCUCCUUCACCCUCCUCCUCUUCGCCCUCCUCCGUCUGGGCCGGAGCUCGGGCACGGCGGAUAGCCGGCCCUCCUGCCGUCGAUGCGACCCUCAGCUCUCCUGCAACUGCUCUUGUGGCGGAUUCACUCGUGUUCCCACGGUAACAGACCAUGCCAGGACUCUGGACCUCUCCUUCAACAACAUCACCGCUUUGACCGACGACGACCUCAAGGGCCACGAGCAAUUGAAGGUUCUGGAUCUCCACGCUAACAGAAUAGCCAUCAUCCAUCCGUCAGCGUUGGACUCUCUGUGGAGCCUGGAGGAGCUGGACCUGUCCGACAACCGGCUGAGCACCCUCAACCACAGCUGGUUCAGUCACCUGGGAGCUCUGCAGAAGCUCCACCUGCUCAACAACCCGUACAGCCGUCUGGGAUCUCCUCCGCUGUUUCGAGGACUCGUCGGACUCAGGAGUCUGGCGUUUGGAGGUCCAGCUCUGCAGGAGUUGAGGAGAGGAGAUUUGCACGGCGUCACCCAGCUGGACGAGCUCACCGUGCACGCCAAUAACCUGGCCAGGUACCAGUCUGGGGCUUUGGCCGACAUCUGGCCGCUCGGUCACGUCACCUUAAGCCUCCACGGCCCGUUUCUAACAAACCCCACCUUGGCCUCGGCCGUGCUCAGUGACGUGUCGUACCCUGAGACGCCCAUCACCCUGGAAGACAUUCACCUCACCGGGAAUGAGUCUGCUCAGGCUUUGAGAGAGGCGGCCAGGAAAAGGAUCAGGCAGCUUUCCUUCCGAAACCUUUCUAUGUCUGAUGAGGCGGCUGUGGGCUUCCUGUUGCUGUUUGAUGGGGUACCGCUGACCUCCCUUUCCUUUGAUGGUGUCACUCUGACUGGCGACGGCAGUUGGGUACCUGCCAACAAGACAAACCUCGGAAGCAUGGACGAGAUUUUCGUCAGGAACCUCGUGGUGGUGGACAUUUUGAGCUUUUUCAUGACUGCAGAACUCUACUUCCUGUUUCAGUUCCAGAGGAAGAUGUCCAUCAUAAACUCCAAGCUGUUCUUGGUGUCCUGUAAAACAACACAGGUGAUGGUGAACACGGAGUAUCUGGACGUGUCGGACAACCUGCUGACGGACAUGACGCUGGAGUACAUGAUGUGUGAAGGCAGCAGCACGUUGAAGGAGCUCCGGGUUUUGAACAUCAGUGGAAACCCUCUGAAGUCUUUGUCCACGGUGAGCCGGUUGGUCGCGAAGCUCACCAAAAUGACCCACCUGGACAUCAGCAGAACCAGCUACAGCUCCAUGCCCUCCAGCUGCUCCUGGCCCUCCGCCCUCCGAUACCUCAACAUCUCCAUGUCGAAGCUCACCACCACCACUCCCUGUCUACCCACAUCACUGGAGGUGUUGGACCUGAGCUACAACGAUCUCAGAGACUUCACGGUGCUCCUGCCCGUGCUCAGAGAGCUCUACCUAUCUGGGAACAAGUUUCUGAGGUUGCCUUCUGGGAAUCUCCUUGUAAAUCUGCGCACCCUAACCAUACAGUCCAACACCCUGAAUGUGUUCAGCCACUCAGACCUCCAAUCGUUCAGACGACUCCAGAACCUCCAGGCGGGCCAGAACAAAUUCAUCUGCUCCUGCACCUUCGUUCCCUUCCUCCAGUUUCUUCUUCGAGGAGGUGGAGACGUUCAGUUGACGGAUGGAGAGGCCAGCUACGUCUGUGACUCCCCUCUCCACCUGCAGGGGAAGCCUGUGAGUGGAGUCCACCUCUCUGUCGUCGAGUGUCACCAGGUUCUGUUUGUGUCGGUGAGUUGUGGGUUGGCGUUGGUCGUCGGGGUCGUGCUGUGUGUCCUGCUCUGGCGACUCCACGUCUUCUGGUACAUGAGUAUGACCUGGGCGUGGCUCAAGGCCAAGCGCAGCUCCAAGAACCGGCGGCGUAGAGAUACGGAGGGAUGGGAAGCGUUGCUGUCCUUCGAUGCCUUUGUUUCCUACAGCGAAAGAGACGCUGGCUGGGUCGAAAACUUCCUGGUACCUGAACUGGAGGAGCCCAGUGACUCCAACUCCGGGAACGCCAGUUCAUUCACCCUUUGCCUCCACAAGCGGGACUUCCUUCCUGGACACUGGAUCAUGGACAACAUCAUGAACGCUAUUGAGCGCAGUCGUCGGACCGUCUUUGUCCUCUCUGAGAACUUCGUCCACUCCGACUGGUGCCGCUACGAGCUGGACUUCUCCCACUUCUGGCUCUUCGACGUCGGCGGCGACGCGGCCAUCUUGAUCCUGCUGGAGCCGCUGUCCAAGGACGACGUUCCCAAACGCUUCUGCAAACUGCGCAAGAUCAUGAGCUCCACCACCUACCUGGAGUGGCCUCAGGAGGAGGAGAGGAGGCCGGAGUUCUGGAGGAGCCUCCGCAACGCUCUGAGGGGAGACCAGGAGGAUAAUUAACCAAGAGUUCUUGUUUAUCCAAGUCUACACUCCUUGAUUUAGGAAGUACUUGGAACUUGAAAGUGAGGAAGUUUAGAUAUGUUCUUUAUAUGGAAAAAGCAAGUUUUGUACAAAUGUUUGAUGUGGAUUACAAAGAUAAGUUGUGGGUCCAGCUUCACACCGAGGGUGGUAACCGAGGUAGAGAUUGGGAUGUCUUGACCGGAGAAGGAGAUGGUGGUUAUGGGGGAUGACUGGACCUGGUGAGGGGUGACAAUUUGUAUGGCUUCGGUUUAGGAACUGUUCAGUUGAAGGAAGUUGUGACUCACCCACACCCUAAUCUCCUCCAGGCGUUUGGAAAGGGCUAUAGUGGGUGAUGAUGAGAGGACUGGGGUGGAACGUAGGUUGGGGUCAGUUGCAAGGUACAGCUGAGUGUCAUCGGCAUAGCAGUGAAAAGAGAUUGCCGUGUCGGCUGAUGACACGACCCAGGGGCAGCAUGUACAAAAUAAAGAUGAGAGGUCCUAGGACAGAUCCUUGGUGGACACCACACAUAACAAAUUAACAAAGAUUUCUUGUUUCUCCAAGUCUACAAUCCUUGAUUUAGGAACUACUUGGAACUUAAUAAUAAAGAUUAACUAGCAAUUAGUUAAAUUACCAGUUAAAUCUGGUAAAAUGUGGGCUUAUUUGGGUGCAAACAUGGCAUUGCCAUCCUCUACCAACCCAGGGAGGGCCCUGCACUGAGCUCAGGUCUCCUCCUUAACCUGAUGAGUGAGCAGGCCGCAUCUUUUCACCAGGCAGGGUGGGGCUUCUCCGGGCGGACGUAGCGCGGGGAAGGAUCACGUUAUUCCGGCCGGAUCCUCCCCACCCCAUCUGGCGCCCCGGUUGGCCAGAGGUGGCAUGUAUAGCCCAGGGGCCUCAUUUAUCAACCGUUCGUACGCACAGAUAUGUGCGUAAAGUGUGCGUAUGAACAUUCCCACGCAAAGUAUGGAAUUUAUCAACAUGUACCUGUGCGCAGGAACGUGUGUAAAUGUAAGCACAACUCUGACCAUGCGUACACACAAAACCUAGUGGUAGAACAGUGAAACUACAAAUAGAACCCAUUAAAAGAGUCACCGUGUUCAGCGAUCUCAAACUUCACACAUGUUCCCCGUUUCCUCUAAUUAAUAAACUUUCUCUAUUAGUAAUGUAGCAGAGAUUUUGAAUAAUUGGUGUGACAGCUAUAAAAGACAGCUGUGGCAGGAAGACGUGAAAAGAAAAUACAAGUACCAUGGCUUACUUAGAACCGUGCGCUCCGCAAAAACGCGCUCCGCAGGGAGCGCAGUUUUAAAGAGCGUGCUGAUCUGUUCAGUGAGAGCACGGAGUGGCUUCUCAGCAGGUACCGCUUCCCCAAAAACAUUCUGAUGGAUUUAUGCCGUGAUUUACAACCUAUGUUGGAGCGAGAGACAAAACGCACCACCGCCAUCCCAGUUAAACGAGGAUUUCACGCCAUCGCCGGAUUCCCAAACAUAAUUGGAGCUAUAGAUUGCACCCACAUCGCCAUAAAAGCACCAUCACACAAUGAAUUCAGUUACGUGAACAUGAAAGGAUUUCAUUCAAUCCAUGCACAAAUAAUCUGCGAUGCAACUAUGACUCUGUCAAACGUUAUUGCCCGGUGGCCUGGAGGAACGCACGACUCAUUUAUUCUGCAGAACAGCUCUGUUGGUGUUUGCACCUCCAAGCAGGAGCUUUUGACUCCAACCAAAUCUUAAUUUAUAUGGAUAAUCUUCCAAGAAAUAUAUCAAACAUGGUCAACAUAAUUAUUUUACUAGGUGAAUAUCACAUACAUAAAUGCAAAUGGAAUAACAGCAAACCCUCCAUUGUACAUCUGAAAAAUGAAUGUAAACUGUACUUAGCGUCUCUUAAACUGAUGUGUGAAAAAAAUGAUAUUGCCAAAAGCUUAUAUGAAACGAUGUCUUUUUUUCUUAAUUUUUACCCCCCCAAAUGUUGAAUAUCUGUAAAUAAUUGAUUGUUUCGUUUCAUUUGCCUUUUGUUGUAAACCCUA